AACAGAAAAUGUCCAAGGUAGCUCUCGAUAAAAACAAAAAAUAUGAUCGUCAGUUAAGAUUGUGGGGAGAUCACGGACAAGAAGCUCUUGAAGGAGCCAAGAUUUGCUUAAUAAAUGCAUCAGCUACUGGAACUGAAAUUCUAAAGAAUCUCAUUCUUCCAGGCAUAGGAUCUUUUACUAUUGUGGAUGGCGAGAAAGUUACUGGUGAAGAUGUAGGCAACAACUUCUUUUUAGAUAAAGAUUGUAUUGGAAAGUCUCGGGCAGAGUGCACCACUGAACUUCUGCUUGAACUUAAUUCAGAUGUGUCAGGAGAUUUCAUUGAAGAAACUACAGACUGCUUGUUACGGGAGAACAGUGACUAUUUCAAGUCAUUUACUGUGGUCAUAGCUACUCAGCUUCCUGAGGAAACUCUACUAAAACUUGGUUCCUUACUGUGGUCCAGAAAUAUUCCACUGCUAGUUUGUCGUUCAUAUGGCUUUAUUGGUUGCAUGAGAAUUGUGCUGCAAGAGCACUGUGUUGUGGAAUCACACCCUGAUAGCACUCAUCCAGACUUAAGAUUAGACAGGCCUUUUCCUGGCCUUGUACAGUAUGUGGAUGCUUUAGAUCUUAACACCAUGACAAAACAGGAGCAUGGCCACACUCCAUAUGUAGUACUGUUGUUAAAGUACUUAAACAAAUGGAAAGCAGAGCAUGAAGGCAGAGCUCCGCAAAAUUACAAGGAAAAAGACUUGUUUAAACAAACAAUUAGGGGAGGAAUUUUAGUCAACAAAGAUGGCAUCCCAGAAGAAGAGGAAAACUUUGAUGAGGCAAUAAAGGCUGUGAACACAGCUCUUGUUCCUACUAGGAUACCUAGUGAAGUUUCACAAAUAUUUGCAGAUGAUUCUUGUUGUAACUUUACUGAAUCUCAUAGUUCGUUUUGGAUCUUGGCCAAAGCUGUUAAAGAAUUUGUAGAAAAUGAGGGCACAGGUGCUCUUCCAUUAAGAGGAUCCAUCCCAGAUAUGACGGCAGAUUCUAAAAGAUACAUUGAGCUUCAGAAUAUAUAUCAAGAACAGGCAAGAAAAGAUAUUGCUGUAGUAACUCAAAGGGUGCAUAGAAUAUUACUCGAUGUAGGAAAGUCAACAGAUAGCAUUUCAGAUUCGGAAAUUAGGCUUUUCUGUAAAAAUGCGGCAUUUUUGAGAUUAAUUCGGGGUAGAUCCUUGGCUGAAGAGAGUGAACCUUCAUUGGCCAAGGCGAAUGAAUUAGCCGGUUACCUUGAAGAUCCGGACAGCGACGUUGUGUUCUAUAUCUUAUUAAAAGCAGUGGAUAGGUUUUACUCGCAGUAUCAUAGGUAUCCAGGUAAUUUUGAAGAUCAAGUUGAGGCAGAUGUUGUGAAGUUAAAGUGUUGUCUUGGCUCUCUACUCCAAGAAUGGUCGGUGAACGCGGACGUAAAGGAGGAAUACGUUCACGAAAUGUGUCGAUACGGAGCCAGCGAAUUGCACUCUGUCGCCGCUUUCAUAGGAGGUGCAGCAGCUCAAGAAAUUGUCAAACUUGUGACCCGUCAGUUUGUACCCUUCGAUAAUACAUAUAUCUACAACGGGAUCACAGGUUCCUCGACAACUUUGAAACUCUGAGCCCAGUCCGACAGACAUGUGUCGUUCAACGGACACGUGUCUUUCUAGUUUGAGUCCUUUGGUAGAAAAGUAGACAGCGACGCUCUUUUGUCUUUAGCUUUGGUCGUUGUUGUUUCUAAUCUCACUAAACACCAAAACGCAACUUCGCACGACUUUCUUCCUUCUUCUUCAAGAAGAGGAAGUUAUGAAAUAUAAAAUGCUCCAAGAAUGAGACGUGUAUCAAGUUAGGGAAAAAGCCUUAAGCUCUUUUUAAAUAAAUUUGUACAUAGACAAAGAGUAAGUGAAAGCACUAAUCCCUAAUAAAAUGUUCUACAGAUAAUAUUA